GGUGUAUCGAAUCUUAGCACCUGUUUUAUUGCCAUAAAAAACAAUUCUUAUGGAAACAUUCUGUGACAAUUCUAUUGUCAAGCUGCACUGAGUGAUUGUUUUUGACUGCCAGCAGGAGCGGCACCCGUGUCUGCAGAUUAGACCCAUAGACUCACAAAGAGACCCACAGACUCACCACAUAGCCCCAGAGUUAAUAUUUAACUCGGUAAAAAAAAGCGGCACUGCUGGGAAAUACGAACAAUCAAUAUGUUUACUGAUCGACAUUGCGGAAAGGUGCAGGGUUAACGCGAGAUCAUUGCCAAAGUCCAACACCACUGGGUGAGGACAAACCUAUCACGCUCACUGUGACCAUCGUUGGGCCAUCAGGGCUGGUUCUGCUCCUGCGAUUCGCUUUCUGCUUUCAUCGUCGUGCAAGAUCGCGUAGAGCACCAACCAUGCUGAAGGUCUCCCUCCUCUCCGUGCUGCUCCUCCUCCUCACACUGACCAUCGCCACUGCCAAUGGGAACUUUUUCUCACAGGCUGUGGGAGGUACCAGAGAUAUGGUGAGAGCCUACCAGGACAUGAAGGAGGCCAACUACAUAGGAGCGGACAAAUACUUCCACGCCCGCGGGAACUAUCAAGCAGCCCAAAGAGGGCCGGGUGGGCGUUUCGCUGCGGCCGUGAUCAGCAACGUCCGGGAGAUACUGCGACCCGGGAAGGACUCGGCUGCCGACCAGGAAGCCAACCGGCAUGGACGCAACGGGGGUGACCCCAACGUGUACCGGCCUAAGGGGCUCCCCGGGAAAUACUGAGCCCUGGCGAGCCUCAGAGCCGUGACCACUGUGACGACUCAACACACGUGAGUGUGACCUCCUGACCUCAUGGUGAAGGAGGCUGCGCUCACGUUUAGCUCGAAUUUUAAAACCAAUGAUUCAACUCGCACUCUGGGAGUUACUUAAAGCCUGUGUGUGGCUUUCUCUCCAUAACAUGUAUAUUUAGCAAAUUUUAUUAAUUAUUGAUAAUUAUAAUUGUCAUUCACAAUCCUUUGCCAAUUUACGGAUUUAGGACUUCCUCUACAGUGUCAGUCACGGAGGUUGUUUGACCGUACUUCAUCAUGCUGGUUAGCACCGAUUGGUAAAGGGGUGACUAGGAUCAAGUCUCCACGGUGGAGAGAUGUUAACAUCACCUGGUAUACAAG